GCCUCACGUAGGGCCGCUGCUUCUGCUUCUGCUGCCGGACUCGGAGGGGCCGCCUCCAGGGCCGGUGGGCGGGAUGCUGGCCCGCAUCAGCCUUCGGAGAAGGGCCUGCUCAAAGUAGUCUGUGCUUGGAGUGAGCGACUGAAGAGGGAGCGGGUGAGCGGCGGCGGUUGGUCCUGGAGGUGUACAGAACAGUUAAAGGUUGACAGAACUAUGGUCUUUACAAUGUCAUGGUAUCUUCUAAUCUUCGGUGUUCUGCUACCUUCUUGUUAUGCCCAUACAGAUUUCUUCACAUCAAUUGGUCACAUGACAGACUUGAUUAACACAGAGAAAGACCUGGUGACUUCAUUGAAAGACUAUAUCAAGGCAGAAGAGAGCAAGCUGGAACAGAUUAAAAAAUGGGCAGAGAAGUUAGAUAAGCUGACAGAAACUGCAACCAAGGACCCUGAGGGCUUCUUGGGGCACCCUGUGAAUGCCUUCAAGUUAAUGAAGCGGCUUAAUACUGAAUGGAGCGAGCUGGAGAAUUUGGUUCUAAAAGAUAUGUCUGACGGGUUUAUUUCCAACAUGACUAUUCAACGCCAGUAUUUCCCUAAUGAUGAAGAUCAAACUGGCGCUGCCAAAGCUCUCUUGCGGCUCCAAGAUACGUAUAAUUUAGACACAGAUACUCUCUCAAAGGGAAAUCUUCCAGGAGUGAAACAUAAAACCUUUUUAACAGCUGAAGAUUGCUUUGAAUUGGGCAAGAUCGCAUACACUGAAUCAGACUACUACCACACUGAACUUUGGAUGGAACAAGCUCUGAAACAGCUGGAUGACGGAGAGGUUUCUUCUAUUGACAAAGUAUCUGUUUUAGACUACUUAAGUUAUGCCGUGUACCAGCAAGGGGGCCUGGACAAAGCCAUGACUCUUACCAAGCAGCUACUUGAGCUGGACCCAGAGCAUCAGAGAGCAAAUGGUAAUAUGAAAUAUUUUGAAUAUAUAAUGACUAAAGAAAAAGAAGCAAAUAAAUCUUUUGCCAAAACAAAUGAUGAGGCUGAGGAAGAAAGUAAAACUCAGAAAAAGGGUCCUUCCAAGGAUUAUCUACCAGAGAGACAGAAGUAUGAAAGGCUGUGUCGUGGGGAAGGUGUCAAAAUGACUCCUAGAAGACAAAGGAAACUCUUCUGCCGCUAUUAUAAUGGAAACAGGCAUCCUAAAUAUAUACUGGGCCCUGUCAAGCAAGAGGAUGAGUGGGACAGCCCUCGUAUUGUUCGCUUCCAUGAAAUAAUUUCUGAUGAAGAAAUAGAAACUGUCAAAGAGCUUGCAAAGCCAAGGCUGAGGCGAGCCACCAUUUCAAACCCCAUAACGGGAGUCUUGGAGACUGCACAUUACAGAAUUAGCAAAAGUGCCUGGCUGUCUGGAUAUGAAAAUCCUGUAGUGGCUCGCAUUAAUUCAAGAAUACAGGAUCUGACUGGGCUGGAUGUCUCUACAGCAGAGGAGCUUCAGGUAGCCAACUACGGCGUAGGAGGCCAGUAUGAGCCUCAUUUUGAUUUCGGAAGGAAAGAUGAACCAGAUGCCUUUAAAGAACUAGGCACAGGCAACAGAAUCGCUACAUGGCUAUUCUAUAUGAGUGAUGUGGCAGCAGGAGGAGCAACUGUGUUUCCUGAAGUAGGAGCUAGUGUUUGGCCGAAGAAAGGGACAGCUGUAUUUUGGUACAAUCUGUUUCCAAGUGGUGAAGGUGACUACAGCACAAGGCAUGCUGCCUGCCCGGUACUAGUUGGAAAUAAAUGGGUAUCCAAUAAGUGGAUCCAUGAACGUGGGCAAGAAUUUCGAAGACGGUGCAGUUUAUCAGAGUUUGAAUGAUACAGACCUCCCUUUUGCGCUUCCUUUUGUACAAGCUUCAUUUCCCUUCCACAUUGCCUUGAUUAACUCUGACAGUUUACACUAACACCCUCUAUAAGUUUUGUCUCCAGUGCCAUCCAGUACAUUUAUGGACAAAUACAAUCACCUUUUUAGGUUUUGCUAAUAUACCAAUUUACAUGUUUAUAGAGAGACUAUAUUUGAUUUUUAAUGUCUGAGUUGUCAUGACCAAAAAUCUUCUAUACAGACACUAUAAAUUUCAUUUUGCUGGUAGUAGAAUGAAUAUGGAAAAACUGUCCUCAAGCAAGAACUUUGUUUGCUUGGAAAAUAACAUUGUACCUGUCUUUUCUACUGUUAAUAUCCAGAUGUUCCCUCUUCUUCCUUUUUUUAUCUCUGCAAUGCCUGACCACUGCUAUAAAACUGUGGACAGAGACUGUAAGCCAUGUCUCAUGAACAGCAAUGGCAAACGUUCCCACUGAAUGCAAAGAUAAUGGGAUAGGCCCAUAGAUUGUGAUCAUGUUGUAGUAGGCUACUGCUUUAAUAUGGUCUAUUCUUAGUUUGCUUUUCUAGCACUAUGAAAGUUCAGACACAGCCGAUCUUCCAUUUUUAAUGACUGAAACUGGCUGGUAACUCUUAAGAAGUGAGCCAGUAGCAGAAGUAGCAUAGGUGGUUUUAACAGUGUUCCGAAAACUGCAGUCAUGUACUUAUGCAGUUUCCACAUGCUUGAAAGCAGAUUGGCAAAAUUCAUGAUUGGCAUUCCAGGUAUGAUUUCUUUAUUAAUCACAUAAUUCAGAUUUGUCCAUUUAAAAAUUAUUGCUGCUUUCUUUGUUUCUUAAUUAUUAAUAACCAUGCGGAGACACAUCAUUGUGCCUUAGGAUGGGAGUCUGAACUUUCAUAAAAGGUUUGUAUGAUGAGAAAAUGCACAAUUUUAUUCCCAGAAUGUCAAACUUUGUUUCCCAACUGAGGUGUUUUGUGACAAAGAUGAUAUAUUUAUAAUACUAAAUCUUUUGAAAACUUUU